AUGUGCCAUGUGUCCCAGAGCUUGCCGACAGCAGCCCACGGCAAGGUCAUCCUCGGGGGUGCGAGAGGGGUUGUGAGGGCCAAGGGGGGUUGUGAGGGCCAAGGGGGGUUUUCCCCGUCUUCCCAUCCCUUCCUUUCUCCUCCCUCCCCCUCCCGUCCCUCCUCCCCCCCUUCCCUGUCUCGCCAGCACCACCAGUCGUUUCAAGCGGCUCACUCGCUUCUGCUUCGGUGUCUGCCUCUCCUUCGCCCCCCCCCUCUCACACCAAUGCUCUCCCACGUUGCCAUGUUCACCCGCAACAGCCCCCCCUCCCCCCUUCCGCGGUUCCUCCCCUCCCCCGCUCGCCUGGCCCCUCCUGGAGCCCAUGGAGAAAAAUCUCGUCCCUUCCCUCUCCCCCGCCCGUCCCCACCCCUCCGCCCGCCCCUUCUGCCCUCCUCCCCCAUCCUGCUCCGCCUCAUGCUCCCCCGUCUCCCACCCAGUUUCCACCAAACCCAACGCGCCAGCAUCCCCCCUGCCCCUUCUCCACUCCGCACCUCCCCUCUCCACUCCGCCCCCCCUUCCCCCUACCUGCGGUCGCCCAUCACUGCUGCGUCCAUCUGCGCCCCUCCUCCUAGUGGCGGGCAAACUGAUAUCCGCGGACUCUCGCGGAGGGGGCGGUAG